CCUCCCUCCCUCCUUCACAGCAGCCUAGCAGGCAGCAAUUACGCUUUGGGGAUAAAACGAGGCGCAGAGAGCAGGCUGGGGCAGUCCUCCCCGAGAUGGCGGGUCUGACAGCGGCCGUCCCGCAGCCUGGCGUCUUGCUCAUCUUCUUGCUCAACCUCCUCCACCCCGCGCAUCCUGGAGGGGUUCCGGGAGCCGUGCCCGGCGGAGUUCCCGGUGGAGUUCCCGGUGGGGUCUAUUAUCCAGGUAUCGGAGGCCUGGGAGGAGGAGGAGCUCUGGGACCUGGAGGAAAACCACCUAAGCCAGGUGCUGGGCUUCUGGGGGCGUUCGGAGCAGGCCCUGGAGGACUUGCAGGUGCUGGCCCUGGGGCAGGUCUCGGAGCCUUUCCUGGAGGCACCUACCCAGGGGCAGGUGCUCUGGUGCCCGGAGGAGCAGCAGGGGCUGCUGCCGCUUAUAAAGCUGCUGCCAAAGCUGGAGCCGGGCUUGGUGGAGUUGGGGGAGUUCCUGGUGGUGUCGGAGUUGGGGGAGUUCCUGGUGGUGUCGGAGUUGGCGGAGUUCCUGGUGGUGUCGGAGUUGGUGGAGUCCCUGGUGGUGUUGGUGGUAUUGGUGGCAUUGGUGGCCUAGGAGUAUCAACAGGUGCUGUGGUCCCUCAGGUUGGAGCUGGAGUCGGAGCCGGAGCAAAGCCUGGAAAAGUUCCUGGGGUUGGCCUUCCAGGUGUGUACCCUGGCGGAGUACUCCCCGGCACAGGAGCUCGGUUCCCUGGUGUGGGUGUGCUCCCUGGAGUUCCCACUGGCACAGGAGUUAAGGCCAAGAUUGCAGGUGGAGGUGGUGCUUUUGGUGGAAUCCCAGGGGUCGGGCCCUUUGGGGGCCAGCAGCCUGGUGUCCCGCUGGGCUACCCCAUCAAAGCACCGAAGCUGCCAGGUGGCUACGGACUACCGUAUACCAACGGGAAGCUGCCCUACGGUGUGGCUGGUGCAGGCGGCAAGGCCGGCUACCCUACGGGGACAGGAGUUGGAUCCCAGGCAGCGGCAGCAGCAGCUAAAGCAGCAAAGUACGCAGGUGCUGGAGGAGCUGGAGUCCUCCCUGGUGUUGGAGGGGCUGGCAUUCCUGGUGGUGCUGGUGCAAUUCCUGGGAUUGGAGGCAUUGCAGGUGCUGGGACUCCUGCAGCAGCUGCUGCUGCCAAGGCUGCCGCCAAGGCUGCUAAGUAUGGAGCUGUGCCUGGUGGGCCCGGAGUUAGGGUCCCAGGUGCUGGAAUCCCAGGUGUUGGGGUCCCAGGUGUUGGUGGUAUUCCAGGUGUUGGGGGCAUCCCAGGUGUUGGGGGCAUCCCAGGUGUUGGAGGCCCUGGUAUCGGAGUUCCAGGCAUUGCGGGUGGACCAGGGGCUGUGUCACCAGCUGCAGCUGCUAAAGCAGCGGCCAAAGCUGCCAAAUACGGAGCCAGAGGUGGAGUUGGCAUUCCAACAUAUGGCGUUGGUGCUGGGGGCUUUCCUGGCUAUGGAGUUGGGGCUGGAGCUGGACUUGGAGCCGGACUUGGAGCUGGACUCGGAGGUGCAAGCCAAGCGGCGGCGGCUGCCGCUGCCAAAGCUGCCAAAUAUGGUGCUGGAGGAGCUGGGGCCCUGGGAGGCCUUGUGCCAGGUGCAGUGCCAGGUGCAGUGCCAGGAGCAAUACCAGGUGUGCCAGGCACAGGUGGAGUGCCAGGAGCAGGUACCCCUGCCGCCGCCGCCGCCGCCAAAGCAGCUGCCAAAGCAGCCCAGUAUGGUUUGGUCCCUGGUGUUGGUGGGGUUCCCGGUGGAGUUGGCCCUGGUGGCGUUACUGGUAUUGGAGCUGGUCCUGGUACUGGCAUUGUACCUGGUGGUAUUGGAGGAGCAGGGACGCCAGCUGCGGCCAAAUCUGCUGCUAAGGCAGCCGCCAAAGCCCAGUACAGGGCUGCUGCCGGGCUUGGGGCCGGUGUCCCCGGAUUUGGAGUUGGGGCCGGUGUCCCCGGAUUUGGGGCUGGUGCUGGUGUCCCCGGAUUUGGGGCUGGUGCUGGUGUCCCAGGAUUUGGGGCUGGAGCAGUACCUGGAGCCCUGGCUGCAUCAAAAGCUGCUAAAUAUGGAGCAGCAGGAGCUGGUGGCCUUGGUGGCCUUGGAGGGCCUGGAGGUCUGGGUGGGGCUGGUGUUCCAGGAGGAGUAGCAGGAGCUGCACCUGCUGCUGCCGCUGCCAAAGCUGCUGCCAAGGCUGCCCAGUAUGGCCUUGGUGGACCCGGCGGACUGGGAGCCGGCGGACUGGGGGCUGGCGGACUGGGGGCCGGUGGACUGGGGGCCGGCGGGGCCAUCCCUGGCGCUGCAGGCCUUGGAGGUGUGUCCCCAGCUGCGGCUGCUAAAGCAGCCAAAUAUGGUGCUGCUGGCCUCGGAGGUGUCCUAGGAGCCAGGCCAUUCCCAGGUGGAGGAGUGGCAGCAAGACCUGGCUUUGGACUCUCUCCUAUUUACCCAGGUGGUGGUGCUGGGGGCCUGGGAGUUGGUGGAAAACCCCCAAAGCCCUAUGGAGGAGCCCUGGGAGCCCUGGGAUACCAAGGUGGGGGCUGCUUCGGGAAAUCCUGUGGCCGGAAGAGAAAGUGAUCUUCUGGGGACCCCUGACUAGCGACCUCAUCAACGUUGGUGCUACUGCUUGGUGGAGAAUGUAAACCUUCUAUGACCACCCCCACUCUAUCCCCCGACCCCCACCUGGGAGGGGACAACAGGCCAGUGGCCUUGGAAACCCACAGGACAAGGAACUCAGACGGCAGCGGCCACGUACCCCUAACCAGAAACUUCUCCCCUACAUCAGAGACCAGGGCGGGUGUCCCAUCUCUUCCCACCCAGGAGCUUCCCACACAGUCUCCAUCUCCAAGGGAAAUUGGUGCUACACGUUGGUGCUUCUUCUUCGUGGGGGAGGGAGGAGGGAAGGGAAUCCCAGGAUACCCCCCUUACCUGAAGCCCCUCUAUUAAGGGGGACACCUUUGCCGGGCAGUCCCACCUCCCCCUGCCCACCAGGAGCCAUCCUGGCUGCAUCCUAUUGGUACCCAAGUACCGGAAGCCUUGACGCUGGAUUUGAUGACAUGAUCCCUCUGUCUUUGGUCCCCUUGGCCCUGUCCCCUCUACCAAUAGCUAUUUCCCACACCUGGGACACCGUGGAGUCAGAUGGCUGACCACACUGGGAAUAGCCCCCUUGUUCUUGUGGAGGUCACCUGCCUACCUACCCAUCCAUUCAUCAGUCCAUGCAUCCAUCCGUCCUGACUGCCUCGUGUCACGACCUGGCUGGGCACACCUAUCAACCCGGUUCACCUGUCAUGGCAGCCUGUACCCUGUUUCUGCCCCUGCCACACACUCCUAACGCUGGCCUGGGGGCAGGGGUCGUGCGGGCCGGGCAGGACCAUCCCCACAUGCAGUACUGUAUCCUGUCCCUUCCUGGAGCCACUCUACCGAGAGCAUGCCCCGCCUCCCCACCUCUUUGUGUUUCGCUGUGAUAGAUCAAUAAAUAUUUUAUUUUUUGUCCUGGA